UUCUGACAGUGUGCCAUGGGGAGAUGAGGCCGACACCCAGUCUCCAUCUCUGCACGCCGUGCCAACCAUACCGCCUAAACCUAGACUAGCAGGUGACAACUAGGCUACUGUGUGUACGAGAGAGAUAGAUGGAUAGAUAGAUGGGAAAGGGAGAGAGAGAGAGAAUUUUGUGCGCGUGCCUUUCAGUGUCAGGCAGCAGAGCUGGUGUGUGUGUCGGAGAUACAGCGUGUGGGUGGAGAGAGAGGCAGCUCGUGCACUGUGCCGGUGUCUGACAUAUAUAGAAAAGCGAAAGGCGCGUAGUGGAAACCAACCGUGACUCACUCAAAAAUACACAUCUAAAAAGAGCCGACCCGAGCGUCUGAGGAGAGAUUUGACACGGACACAGCGCUCGAGGAGCUCCUGGUUUACGAAUCAUCUCCCGCGAGUUUUCAGAGAGGAUGUCUGAAGCGAUCGUCCCAGAAUCCUCAGGGCUGAGGUCAUGUAACGAGUUAUGCACCUCCGCUCUGCCAUCCUCACCCCCCCUUGCCACAGAGGAUGAGUGUCACCAUGACAACAGAAAGGUGGAGCAGCAGAAACCCGUCAGUAACCAGGGGCAACCAGCCAGGAAGAGAACCAAGGCCAAAGGCAGGUUGGUGAGGAGCAUGGCUGUGUGUGAGGAGUCAUUCCCACCAUCCCCUCCUGACACCACCCAAGACAGCCCGAGCUCUGUUGAAGUCACCAUGCGGCCAGGUUGCCAUGACAACGAGGAGGAAGAGCAGCGCAAAGAGCCAAACGUGCCCACGCUAAUUAUCUCAGACACCAGUCAGGAAUACACAGACUCUACUGGGAUCGACCUGCACCAGUUUAUCAUCACCACCCUGAACAGCAACCCCAGGGACAGGAUGAUGCUGUUGAAACUGGAGCAGGACAUGAUCGACUUCAUCACAGACAACGGUCCCUAUAAGAAAUUCCCUCACAUGUCUUCCUACCAUCGUAUGUUGGUCCACCGGGUAGCAGCCUACUUUGGCAUGGAACACAAUGUGGACCAGACUGGCAAAUCUGUCAUCAUCAAUAGCACCAGUAACACACGCAUACCAGAGCAGAGGUUUCUGGACUAUGUCCAGGAGGAGAGAGGAGAGGAGACUCAGUGGAGAACCAUACUGAAGAGAGACAACGCUGAAGAAAACCAGGCGAGGCUCCACCCACUACGCGAGGAGAGGCGGAGCAAAUCAAUGGAAGAGAGAGAGGAGGAGUACCAGAGAGCUAGAGAAAGGAUAUUCAACCAGGAGCCUGCCUGUCCCCAGGAGACCAGGUCUAUAGAGGAUGGUAGCCCCCAUGCUGCGACCCAGAGAAGGCAGCUCUUUAGGGGUACCAGGGGUAACUCGGGCUCAAGCCGACAGAGCAGCACGGAGACUGACUACAGUCGCUAUAGUAACUGGAGCAGCACUGACUCAGGUCGCUAUAGCAACGACCCCCGACCCUGGAGCAGCACAGACUCAGACUCUGCCUAUCAGAGGCCAAACCCCGCCCCCAAGGCCCGACCAGCCAAUCACAGCUGGGAUGCACGAGAUGACCAUGCCCCCACCACAGGCUCCAACUAUCUCACGGUGCCCAUGGAGAACGGGAUUCCACCAGGAAGUAUAUUACUGAACCCACAUACAGGCCAGCCCUUCUUGAACCCAGACGGAACUCCUGCCAUCUACAAUCCCCCCGAUCCCCAGCAGCCAACAAGAAGCCAGCCUCAGCAGCAGGCCCCUCUGCCGCAGCAGCCAAUGGCUGGCCACACAGUCCCUCAGGUGGUUCAAUAUUCGUCCGUCUCUUACUCUCCCCAGCAGUUGCAAUACUCUACGAGCGAGGACCUGUCGUCCCAGUUUGGUCACAUGACUGUGAGCUGUCAGCCACUGGGGGAAGCUCCGUCUCUAUACCCUCCCUUAGCCUCUCCCACACAGAGUUAUGUCUAUACCGCCCCUCCCCCUCCUCACAACCCCCCCAGCUACUGCCAACCCCCUCCAACCCAGGUGCCUGUGUAUUACUACUCUACUACUCAGUAUCCUACCCCAGCACCCCAAAGACCUGCCACACCUACCCAGGCCAUACAGCCUACAGGUUACUCUCCUGUCGUAGCCAAUCAGCAGCAAAGUUACCAGGGGAUGAUGGGUUUGCAGCUGCCUCAGAGCCAAGCCCAAAGAUUGCUGGGUUCUUAUCCACCUGGCUCCUCCCACCCAUGUGGUGUAACACAGCAGGGUGGUGUGGGGGUAUCGUACCCCCAGACUGGUCUCAUGUCGCGGGGUGAGGGGGGUUACUGCUGCAUGGUAUCUCCAACCUGUCCCCCUGGUCCCAUACCCCCUCCCCCUCUACACACCGGCUGCCAUGCCUCCAGCUGUAGCAACAUCAGCAGCCAGGGGUGGGCGGGCAAAUACUGACACACACACGCCCCCACCUAACCUAAACUUACAUAACCCCCACACAUAUACACACUUGACCUCCCUUCCCCCCCACCUCUACUUGCACAACCCCACUGGACUGUGUUCAGAUUGAGAUGCAACCAGUGUUCAAACUGUUACACACACACACACACACACAGUAUACCACAGACAAUGUAUUGUGCCAAAGCUGUAUCAGAGGUACUGUACUGAUUUAAAAGCAUAAUUGAUAUACUCCAGUUGAGUUUUGUAUGGAUAUGAAAUGAUUCUAUAUAUGUAUUGUAGUGUUUGAGCAGAAUAAACUGAUGUGGCUGAUUUGACAGGUCACCUUUCUAACA